GAUUUUGGUUCACAGAACAUACGAUGUUACUCACUGAACAUUGUGAGUAACACAAACAACAAUUACAACAGUAAAAACAAACGUGUGUUAAAAUAUUAGAAGGCUAAAUAACACAAUUUAAAAGGCUUAAAAUUAUUAAGCACUGGAGAAGCUCCAAUAUCAUUGGGUAUAGAUUUUGGGUAGACUUUUCAAUUAUUCUGUACGAAUGAACCAUAAAAGGCUUUUUUUACACACGUUUAGCAUGCUGUAAUGUGGUGGAGAUGCUGGGGUUUGGCGGAGGGGAGGCAGAUAAUGAUGAUAAUAUCUGAACAGGGUCAGAGGGCAAAGGUCAGAGAUCACAUGACUCAGACACAGCUGGAGUCUGACGCAUCUGAGGAGGAAAUGUGUCUUGAUUUCCUUGUGUUCAUCUGCAUGCAGGCCCUGUGCUGAUGACGAGCUGCUGAUGGUGAUCUGCACCAGCGACUUCGUGGUGCGCGGCAGUAUUCAUCACGUGGAGGAGGAUGAUGAAGCUCAGGCGUCAGUGGUGUUGUCGUUGAGUCACGUGUACCGUCAGAAGAGCCGUGUGUUUGUGUCUGGCGGCAGGGGGCGCGGGCGCGGCCGGUGGACGGGUCGUGUGAAGAUACCGCGGCGUUGCGGACCGCGAGCAGCACAGGGCGAGCUCCUCUUCACGGGCGCGGUGCGGUUCCAGGAAGCGUGGCUGCGAUGUGCUGCUCUCUAUAAAGACUUCAUCAGACUGUAACGAGCGGCUCUGGAUGCGGGGACAAACCCCUGCCACAUAGACACAGACUGAGAGAUGCACAGACAGACCUCUGCUGGUGUUACAGGACUCUGGCUGAAUCUCAUCAAAAAAUGCAUGUUUUUUUUGUUCAUGCCUCGGUCCGGGUCACAUUUUAUCCCAAAAUUAAAAGAAAUAAAUAAACUAUAUUUAGGAUGCUUGUAAAUGAAAUUAGGAUUAUUUUAGAACCAGUUUACAUGAUUUUAAUAAUAAUGAAACAUUGCCCCUCCAAAAUUCUCAUUACUGCAUUUAA